UAUGCCGCAAAGACAUUAAUUAAAACCAAGAUUUUAAAUCAUGUGCAUGCGCCUCUUGAAUGGACCUUUCCAAAUUUUUUCUCUACUCCCUUGUCUAAAAUACCCAACUAUACAUGGAUCGAGUGUGUGGAAACUCUCAUUGGACGACCGCAGUUUUGUUAUAUAGGGGUGGGAGCUACUUUGGACAUUUUCGGGAUAUUACUUACGGGUUUGGGAGUAAUCGAAGAUAUUAUCCGUGGCUUGAAUUUUAUCGUUUGUCGUGUUUUGUAGCAAAUGUAUACUCAAAAACUAAUGGUUGUACAAAAAGUAUGCCUAGUGUGCAACACUGUUCGUGCUAAAAUAGAAUUCUUUACUGUUUACCAAAUUUGUUACAUAAUAUAAUAAUGCCGAAGAGCCGUUUUGCACUUUUUGUAGUUUCGCCUACCGCUUCUUUCGAAAAUAAGCAUUUUUUUGCUGUUUAGUUGAUUGCUUGGUCUGGAAAAACCUAUUGCCUAUCUAGAAAAUCUCAAACCUAUAUUUAAAACCGGAAACCUUGGCACUUGUGUUUUAUGACUCCUAACUGACCCUGAAUCGUGAACAAAUUGUUAGCAAAACGAAGAAUCGGUCUUGACUAAAUAAAAGUUAACACGAGUCAGGGUCACAAGGUUAGUUUUGUUGUUAUUAACUUAUUUAAAAACUAGUUUUGAAAUAGUAAAAAAUAGUUGAGACACAGUUUAAAAAUAAAAUUGGAAACGUGGGAAAAUCAUUAUAGCUAACACCCCAAAUAAUAUAUUGGCUCCUGCCCGGCAAUGUGCUAAUUUCUCCAAACAAUAUAAUCAUUUUUCUUGUUGAUCUUACCCAGUUUUUGUGAUUCUUUAAUCCUUAUCGGAAUUUUAAGAAAUUCAAAAUUUAUUGUCAAAAGAAGCAGUGCCUAUUUGUUUUUUGCUGUAGUUCACAAUUCUGUCAAUUGAAGAACAGAUUUAAUUUACUACUUAAGGUUGGUGACCAAUCAUCUGUGGUGGUUACAGUACAUAGUACAAUAAAAUACUAUAUAACACAAUAGGUUGUCGAAUAGGUCAUAUAUGAAUAUCAUAUAAUUUUAUUUAAAUCAGCAAAAAUCAUUUUAUUUAUUUUUCAUUUCAUCAGCUAUGUGCAAUGGAAACUUUUCUCCUCUGAAAUUGAAAUGUUAAAAUAAUCCUAAAUGUAUGCCAACGUAUGUAUUAAUAGUGAAAGGAGGUUAGGAAUGCGACCAAUCCUCGAGAGGACUCUAAAACAACAAUAUGUAAUGAUUGGGUCAACGUCAUGGCAGAAUUUUUGCCAUUAUGCGAUUUAGUGUUCAAUAUCGUUUCAUUGGCCGCAUAUUUCUGUGAUCUUGUUUUCCAUGUACUUGUUGUGUAUGCUCUUUACGAGCGAGGCAUUAAAGUAAUAUUUGCGCAGUGUAUAGGAGCAAUUUUUUUGGCACUGUUAGUUUCUCAAGUACUGUCUUUACGUUGGUAUUUUUUAAAUAAACCGACGGGUUGGUCUCGAAUGCUCGUUAUUACUAUUCACUUGAUGCAGAUGGGUGUUCUUUGGCGUUAUGCUCGAUUACUAAUACCUGUACAAAUAGCGACAGUGAAAAAAGAUGUUAGAGAUUUGUGUAUUUUACGGCUGAUUCAUGGAUUUGUAGAAGCAGCGCCAAUGUUGUUGUUGCAACUGCACCUAUUACCUAGUGGAUCUGCCUCUACCUCUAUGCCUUCAGAUUUAGUUAAGGUUUCCACCUCCCUAUCAUUGUUUUCAGUAUGCUGGGCUUUGGCCUCAUUUAGUAAGCAUGUCCAAACAGUUGAUCGAUUAGUGUUAACUUGGUUAGGAGUCAUGUCUCAACUUUUAUGGCGUAUUGGAACUGUUUCUUCAAGGACUUUGGCUUUGUGGGUUUAUGCUGCCACCUACAGUUCCUGGAUAUAUCUGGUUUUAGCUCUUCAUUGGUCAUGUAUGUUCUUGUGGCUUGUGAGUCCUCGUAGUCCCUUUCAUGGUCAACGUGGAAGUAAACUGGGCGUAUGUGCUUUAAUAGCUGCUAUUUACAUUUUUGCAUAUAUUAACCUUCAGGACAAAUCUCACAGUCGUACAAUGACUAUAUUUUAUGUGGUUAUGUUACUGGAAAAUUGCCUUUUAGUAGGGGCCUCAUUGGCUGCAACAUGGCAAACUAAACCGGAGCAUAUCGAACUUGUUGCAAUCUUAACUGUGGCUCUGUUUGCUGCUGGCAUCGGCUUCAUGCUUCUGUACUAUCGAUAUUUCCAUGUGAGACGACUCAUUGAAAAACCCGCACCUGGAAGAAAUGGUAGUUGUGGUCUACCUAGCGGUGUAUUUAAUUGCCGUUUUGGGGGCGUUACCGGAAUAGGUCCAGCAGCCGCAGCUGCUCUUUACAGAAAAAAGAAAAAACCAACAACAUUUAUCCCACCUCCUACAGGUACAGGAGGUACGCAAAUACAAGUGGGGCCUGUAACAGUGCCGUUUUGGAGAAGACCUUUGCCAUCAUCUAGCGAAAAUGAAGGCAGCAGCGUUGGAUCCAGAGUUAAUAUACAUCAAAAACUUCAAGAGAAGAAACAAAAACAACUUGCUGAAUUAAAAAUUAUUGAAGAGGAAAUUAAACAGGGAAAGCUUGUAGGACCUGAAGGUGCAGAUUUUGAUGACCGCCAACCAAUUCCGAGGACAAAAAAGCAUGUUGAACCUCAGUUACUUAGUUUGGCUUCUUUAAAUAAUUUGGCCAGCUAUGGAUUUAACCUAAAUAGAAGGCCACCUCCAAGAGCACCUAGAAAUAGAACGCCAGAAGUACUUUUGACGCCACAUUAUCUUUACUGCAACUGUGUCGCCGGCGGAGGUAUAGGAUCAGGAGGACAAGAGCAGGCUAAAUCUUCCGAAAUACCUGGGGACGAUGGAGUGAUAUCCUACCAUUCUGUGGGUUCAGAUUUAGAAAGUCAAAUUUCUUUACCCAGGUCUUACACUCUUCCAAGAGAAUUCAAAUACUAUAGAAGGCCAAGAGCUGCAAGACCAAUCCGAACAAUAACAUCAACAAACAGCAGUGAUGGUGAUGUGGAUAGUGCUGGUGAAGAGUCUGACAGUAAUCCCCCACCAGUUAUAAUUAGGCAACUAAGAAGGCCAUUUAGACAUGAAACAAAAUUGUGAUAUAAGUGCCUGGAAAUUUAUUGAUUGAGUGAAGUCAUUGAUUUACAAGUGAAUAUGAUAUGUAUGUGUAAAUUGUGUAGAGGUAAAAAUUGCUAACAUAUACCUGUAAAAUUAAGGCUGCAAUGUAGAAAAAUGUUAGUUCAAAGUCAAACAACACUUACGACAAAUAAAAAGCCAUUACAAAAAGAUUUUUAAAUUAAAAUUUAAAUAAAUUAUGCCAUAAAGGCUUUAUAUGAUUAUUUUUGGAAUUGGGCUAAAUCACAUUUUGAGUGUAAAACUUGUUCAUAGAAGUUUAAUUGCGCAUUUAAAAUACAUAAUUUGUUAUGGCGCGUGUCGCUAGUUCAUAAAGGUAAAGCCAACGAAACUUUAUUAGUUUUAUAUAUACAAAAAUAACUAUAAAUAUGGUAAAAGUAUUUUCUAAUCACAAUUUUUUAAUGAUCAAAUAUUUAUAUUUUGUACUAUUACCAUUGGAAUGUAGAAUAUUGAAGUACAUUGUUGAUUUUUUUGUUUUGCUUACAUAACUUGAGUUUUUAUUAAUUUGGGUAAACUUACAACAUUUUUGUUGGGGAAAGGGUAUCUACUUUAUACCAAAACUGCUUUUUAAAGUUAAAUGUAAAUGUAAUCAAUUUAUUUAUUUUUUAUAU